CCUCGGUAUGUGGCGAUCCACGGUCCCCCGCAGCUUGGCCCUGACGCGCGCCAUGAGCGUGACCCGCCGGGUCCAAAAGCCGCUGCCGGAAGCAUGGGCCAAGGCCGCGACGAAGGAGCUCAAGGGCAAGGACCCGAUGGAGACGCUCCUCUGGAAGACGCCCGAGGGCAUCAACAUCAAGCCGCUGUACACCAAGGACGACAUGGAGGACUUGGAUCCGGCGCAACUUCCCGGCGCCUUUCCCUUCACGCGUGGCCCAUAUGCGUCCAUGUACACGGCCAAGCCCUGGACCGUGCGGCAGUACGCUGGUUUCAGUACCGCCGAGGAGUCGAACGCGUUCUACCACAAGAACUUGAAGGCAGGUCAGCAAGGUUUGUCGGUCGCCUUUGAUCUGGCUACGCAUCGUGGCUACGAUUCGGACCACCCGCGCGUGCAGGGCGACGUCGGUAUGGCCGGUGUCCCGAUCGACUCGGUCGAAGACAUGAAGAUCUUGUUCAACGGCAUCCCGCUCGACAAGAUGUCCGUCUCGAUGACCAUGAACGGCGCUGCGUUGCCAAUUCUGGCCAUGUACAUCGUGGCCGCGGAAGAGCAAGGCGUCGACCAGAAGCUUCUCGCCGGCACGAUCCAAAACGAUAUCCUCAAAGAGUUCAUGGUGCGUAACACGUUCAUCUACCCGCCGCAGCCGUCGAUGCGCAUCAUCCAAGAUAUCUUUGGCUACACGUCCGUGUACAUGCCCAAGUACAACUCGAUCUCGAUUUCGGGCUACCACAUGCAAGAAGCCGGCGCCGACGCCAAGCUCGAGUUGGCGUUUACGAUUGCCGAUGGUAUCGAGUAUGCGCGUGCUGCUGUCGCUGCUGGUCUCGACGUCGACAUGGUCGCACCCCGUCUUUCGUUCUUCUUUGCGAUUGGCAUGAACUUCUACAUGGAGGUGGCCAAGCUCCGUGCGGCGCGCAAGCUGUGGGCCAUUCUCGUGGAAGAAAAGUUCAAGCCCAAGAACCCCAAGAGUCUCUUGCUCCGCACGCAUUGCCAAACGUCCGGCUACUCGCUUACCGAACAAGACCCGUACAACAACAUCAUCCGCACGACCGUCGAAGCGAUGGCUGCCGUCAUGGGUGGAACGCAAAGUCUGCACACGAACGCACUCGACGAAGCGCUCGGGUUGCCGACCGAGUUCAGUGCGCGUAUGGCCCGUAACACGCAGCUCAUCCUCCAGGAAGAGACGGGUAUUCCCAAGGUCGCUGACCCGUGGGGCGGCUCGUAUUUGAUGGAGAACCUCACACAAGAGCUCGUCGACUCGGCGCUCGAGAUCAUCCAAGAGGUCGAAGACUUGGGCGGUAUGGCCAAGGCGAUCGAGUCGGGCAUGGCCAAGCUCCGCAUCGAGGAGAGUGCGACAAAGAAGCAGGCGCGCGUCGACUCGCGCGAAGACGUCAUUGUCGGUGUCAACAAGUAUCGCCUCGCGAACGAGGACCGCGUCGACGUGCUUUCGAUCGACAACAACAAAGUGCGCGAGUCGCAGAUCAACCGGAUCAACACGACCAAGGCGAACCGCAACGAAGCGGAGGCCCAAGAGUGCCUCAAGCGCCUCAUCUACUCGGCCAAGCUCACCGAGUCGACGGGUCCCGGCCUGCACGAAUACAAUUUGCUCAAGCUCGCCGUCGCUGCCUCGCGCGCGCGGUGCACAGUCGGCGAAAUCUCCGAUGCUCUCGAGUCGGUCUGGGGUCGCCACGUGCCCAAGAGCUCGGUCGUGCAGGGUGCGUACCGCGAUACGUACAUGGCCAGUGAAGCCGAAGCUGAGUACACGACGGUAUUGGCCGAGGUGGAUGCGUUUGCCGAAGACCAAGGUCGUCGGCCGCGUCUUCUUGUGGCCAAGAUGGGCCAGGACGGACAUGACCGUGGUGCCAAGGUGAUUGCGUCGGGCUUCUCGGACCUUGGUUUCGAUGUCGAUGUCGGUCCUCUCUUCUCGACGCCGGAAGAAGUCGCGCGCCAAGCAAUUGAUUCGGAUGUGCACUGUGUUGGUGUGAGCUCGCAGGCCGCUGGGCACAACACGCUCGUGCCGGCGCUCAUGAAGGCACUCAAGGACCAAGGCGCAGAGCACAUUUUGGUCAUCUGCGGUGGCGUGAUCCCGCCCAAGGACUAUGAUUUUUUGUACGAGCAAGGUGUCGGCGCCAUCUUUGGGCCUGGCACGCGCCUCCCGACGGCCGCCAGCGACACGCUGAAAGCCAUCUACAAGAAGCUGGCCCAAAACGCGGCGCAGGAUUAGAUAUGCUGAUGGUGCGCAAUAAUGUAUCGAUCUUGGUGUUUACUACGAACCUCCUCAACGACGACC